UUCAAUAAAAUCACAUUAACAGCACAAAGCUUAUUUUUUCGUGGACGAACUAAAAAGUCGAAACACCACUCGAAUAAGCGUCUUCCUAAGUACCAGACUGCUGAAGAUCUAUUAACCCACUGAAGGAAUUGCAGCACCACCAGUCACUCCAUUCUUGGCAGAUGUGAUCAAGGAACUCUUGUGGAGAAAAAAGAGAAGAGCAGGUAUUGUCUGGAUAUUGCCCCCUCAGAGAACGUUAAUGAACUAGAUAUUUCCCUGCGAAUGGAAGAACUGAUGAAUCUCACAGGAACCCAAGCCAGAGGCAUCGACGGCGCUGGUUUGGAGCAAGGCCUCGUACAGGUGGUGAAGUCGCAGGACCUGCUGGAAGAUAAAACUUUAGACUUUAAACAAGUUUUCAAGAAAAUUAAUUUCCUAAAGCAAGCUGAAAAGAGCAAUGAGCUAAACAAGGAACCUGUCGUGUCCGAAAUUCGCACAUGCGAGGAAAACGAAGUAGUCAAGUUCUACAAUUGGGCCAAGGUCCGUGGCCUUGGGCUGACUAAGCUUCGACUUGAUAACACUUCUGGUAUUUUAAGCGUUCGCAUGAUUGGCGAUCAGACCCACGACUAUCACCAGAUCGUCGCGGACAUUUUAAAGCUGGACAAAGCCAAGGAUUUUGCUGAUCCAAAGCUAAUGCCGGAGAAAUUCCUGGGGGCAUCCAAAGCUCCACAUUCAACAUACGAGUUUCAGGAGGCCGUCCCCAAUAAUAAAGAAAGCCUGCAAAAACAGAAGCUGAAACAUAAGCAGAAGCAAAAGUCGGACAGGGAGAAAGAUAUAAAAUCAGGCUUAUAUCAAGGCUAUGCAUUAAAUUCGUCCACCAGCAUAUACUGUGACAACUUCUGCUUUGGCCUUACCCCCGGCGCUUAUCCCGUCACUAACGGAUUUAGCUUCCAAGCACUUGAUAACACAUCUUCAGUUUCUCCAUAUCCAAUGGCAAAGAGCAAUAGUAUCGGUGCAUUUCCAUGCUCACUCUUUCGAUUUUCAGCUAAAGCAUCAGGCGAAGCUACGAGUGAAGGGUUAGGCUCCUCGGUGAUGAAACCCUCUCAGCAGCAACCAAGCUGUCCAUAUCACAAUGAGGACGAGGAGUUGCUGUUUGUAAUACGUGCAAAUCUAUAUCGUCUUUCCGAUGGUGACUGGAUGAUGCGUGCCCCCGGGCGUGUAAAGAUUUGGCGUCAUAUUGAGACAAAGAAACUUCGAGUUGAAAUGCGGCAAGAACAAGUAUUAAAUGUCUGUCUCAAUCAUCUGCUGAACACGGAUGUGGUGUACAGGCCGAUGGACAGCAAGUCCUGGAUUUUUGCCGCUAACGAUUUUAGCGAGGGGAAAGGAGUUCUGGAGCGGUUCACACUGCGCUUCAAGAACCAGAAUGCGGCGCAGGAGUUCAUCCGUGCCGUGAUGAGUGCGGUCAGUGGUACUGCUCAAGCGGUAAAAAAGAAGAGCACCAGAGUACAGCGAAGAACAAAGAAAGGAAUGGAAAAGAUCACGAACUGAAACGCUUUCCUCACUUCUAAUUGCUGAUGAUUAUACACCAAUUUUUCAAACCUAUUGCCUAUAUUCCUAAAACUUGUAUAUAUUUACA